UUUUUUUUGUCUUUGGCAGCGAGAGCACUGUGACAGGAACCCUCAGUGAUUAAAACUGGUGUAGUUUUCAAACAGCUGUUUGUCCAGAGAGAUUUGAGGACCACUGAGGAAAAUGUUGAGGCGAAGGCCUUCAAAUGCCUCAGAGAAGGAGCAGGUGCAGAAGAAGAAGCUUACCCUGCAGAGGUCCAGCAGCUUCAAGGAUUUUAUGAAGCACAAACCCACCUCUCCUGUUGUGUCAGAAAAGGAGUUCACUUUGGAGGAGAAUGUGACAGAGAAUGUAACCGAAGAAGAAGCAGUGAAAAGUGGCAGCAAAUUGGGCAAGAAAUGGCGCAACGUCAUCUCACGUACCAUGACACGCAAAACAUCCAAGAUGGUGCAGAAGGCUCUGGCUGAGGAGGGGGGGGAGAGCGGUGAGGACUUGUCUCCUGUCUCUGCUGACUGGCUUCCAGAUCUGAGUGCAGGACAGAGGACGUCUGUCUGCUCCACAGGGUCAGAGGACACCAUGCCCAGCCCCAUCACCCGCCAGCUCUCAGGCAGUACGUGCACAUCUGUAGCCCUGUCAACCAGAGGUAGCGACAGACAGAGCCUGGACAGUGGAUACUGCCAGAGGGACAGCAUGAGGCUGGAGGAGAACAGCGUCGCUUACAACGGGCCGUUCUGUGGUCGAGCUCUGGUUCAUACUGACUUUACUCCCAGCCCCUAUGAUGUGGAGUCGCUGAAACUCCAGAAAGGAGACAUCAUCCAUAUCAUUGAGAAGCCCCCUGCUGGGACCUGGACUGGCAAGCUCAACAACAAAGUAGGCUCCUUUAAGUUCAUCUACGUCAACCUCUUGCCUGAUGAGACUCCCCCAACCAGAAGGAGGCGCUGCAACAGCAAGACCCAUCGAGCCAAAUCCAAACCCAAAACCCUGGAGGAGGUGCUGGACAGCAUCGGCCUGACAGAGCUGAGUUCUUUGCUGUCCAUGCAUGGUUUCCAGAGCCUGGAGGACUUUGCAGGCCUGAAGGAGUCUCACCUCAACGAGCUGAACAUCACCGAUCCAGAGCAGCGCUCCAAGAUCCUGAACGCCACUGAACUGCUCAGAGACUCUGAAGAAGAAUCAGAGCCAGAAGAGGAGGAGCGCAGGUCUGGGGAGGACGCCAAGGAGCCAAGGGACUCAGGCUGUUUUGAGAGCUCGGAGAACCUGGAGAGUGUACGUGAAGAGCCAAAGACAGAGGAGGAAGAGCUCCACAACAAAGCAUCAGAUGAGCAGGCAAACGAGAAAUCAGAGGAAGAUGAGCAGAAGUCAGAGCAAGAGGAAAACCAAACAGAGCAGCUGGAGGCUGUUCAGGAGCAGCUGCAGGAGCUGACAGUGGACGAGGCAUGUUGAGAAGCGAAGGAAAAAUACUCAAACUUCUUUUUUUUUUGCUGGUUCUCAGGGACUCUGUGGAUGGAGAUUUGAUUCAUUAUCAAACAAACAGCUCUUCAUUGUAAGAGAGUGGACUGGUGAUAGGAACACAAUGUCAGGAUGAAAUACUGCAGGAACAGGACGAUGGUCUCAGUUGUCCACAGUUUGCUGGUACUGUUGAGCAAACAGCACUAUUUCUCUUUAUCUGUCACAGCUGGUUAUUUUUGUUUUGGGGUAUAUUGUACCAAUUAAGAUGUUUGUUGUUGUUGUUGUUACCUUAUGUGAGGUGUCUGUUUAUAAUAGUACAAAUUAAGCAUUUAAAGAUUUCUCCUCUAUUCAUUAUGUCCUCGUCUAAUGUUUUCACACUGAGCAGUCUCUUCAAAAUAUGAAUGUAUAAAGUUUUCUGAUAUUUUUCAUGUAACUUGAAAGUUGUUCCUUCGAUUAUUUUUUACCUGAGUUAUAAGGUGCGUUACAUCAAUUUCUAUGACAUGUUGUCAGGAGGAUGUUGUGAAGACUGUAAAUAGGUUUUGAAUAAAACAUUAUACAGGG